UUGCCGGACAAAAUGGUACAUAUACAGUCUCUGUAGUGAACACAGUAACAAUCCAACAGGGGGCAACAUUAAAUGUUACAGGAUUUGAUCAACAACAAGUAGCGUUUAACGAAGUUACAGAUUUUUGUAAAGAAUGGAUUGAAGUAAGUGGUUAUAAGUGUCCUCUUGAGCCCGGAAACUAUACAUACGUUGUUUCCGAGUACAUUAUGCCUACUCCAAAUGACCCGAAGAACACCACAAUUGAUUUUGAUCUGAGAGUUGAAAUUGCUAAUCCUGGGGAUCCUGAAAUUCUCCUCUCUUGUAUGGAAGGAAAAUAUCCUAUUUAUUUUCC